AUGGCGUCCUCUCUCGCGGCGCAGUUGUCGCAAAUCGCGGCCAAGUCGACCCACGAACUCGACCUUAAAAAGCAACGGGUUUCGCAUUCACAGUCAUUAAUUUUCGAUCGGAAGGUUGCCUCUACACAGGACUUUGAUACCAUCUACGAUAUUUGCUAUGAUGGCUUCCGGGAGCUUUGUUCUCUUGAUGCUCGGUUUGAGGAGUUUGGGCGCUCCAUCUUUAGCGAGCAAAGCAAGGCUGAAGAUCGAACACAAUUAAGCAGCUCGCAAAAUAAGGAACUGGACGCUGUGAUUGAAUCAUUCCUGGCGCUUGUUGGAGGGCGACUGCAGUUGAGCCCUGCAGUCAAGGCUGUGGACUGGCUAGUCAGACGUUUCAGGGUUCAUGAAUAUAACACGGCUUGCAUCCUACUGACGUUCCUUCCAUACCACACCACCCCCCUCUUCCUCAACCUGCUCUCGAUCCUGCCCAACGACCUGACGCCGACUUUCAAAAUCCUCUACCCGUAUAAGACCGGCCUCAUCAACCCACCCCGGCAUCCGAUUGUGCACAGUGCUACCACAAACAAAGCAUUUUUCGCUGCACUGAACGAAUACGUCCUCAAAGCCUGUCAGCAGCAGGCUCAGAGCCAUGCUUUGCUUUCCUUCUGGGCCGGUGUCAUCACAGAGGCUGUGGCAGGCAUGCUGGACAGCGCACGUUCUGGUCGGAGGGAAGCCGAGAAGCAAAAGCAUGAAGAUAUUCUUAUCCGUGUUCUGCCGCUUUUAAGCCGAGCUUUCACCAUGAAGAGUGUUUCGGAGCUGAUCGUCAGUUGCUAUAUGAUCUCUGUCGUGCUCGCUCAAAAGGCCUCCCUUACUGAUGAUGUCCUGGAUGGGUUGAUGGAAAGUGUGGUGACCUCCUGGACCGAAGAGACCUUUAGCUCUGGUCUUAUCUGCCUCUCGGUCUUGGCGCAACAGAAAUCGUCUGCCAAUAUUCCCAGGAAGGUUUUCAAGGCGAUCUUGCGCCUUGAGCGCCCCAUGCAGCAAUUGUCCGAAGUCACCGCUCAGUAUCAGACUUCCAAGCUUCUACUUGGCCUUGUUGCAGGAUGCGUUAGCAAUCUUGAUAAGCAAAAAGACAAUAUUCGUCUCACACUUCUCUCGUCCAUUUUCGAGACCACUGUGCUUCAAGGCGAUGACAUCCAAGCAGCCAUGGCUCUCGUCCUGAAGGCUGCAAGCGACUCUGAGGAGGCCCGUGGCAUGUCUCUGGAUAUUCAAACUCAACUUGCUGAACUCGUUCAGGGAUUCAGUCGAUCCAGCUCUUUGCAACCGAUUUUCCAGAAGACUUUGGCUGAGGCAUCUCUCAACAUUCCUGCACUUGAGCACAACUUGCAAACUGUGGUUGAGGCCCCCGUGCCACCCCCGGCCAUUGAGGAUGUGGAUAUGGAAGAUGCAGAUGAUGAGGAUCUGGACAACUUCACCCCAGCCCUUGAGUCUCUGACCAACGAGCCCCUGUUCUCGACAUCCUUCCUCAGCAAGCAGUCUAUUCCCGAGUUUGAGAACCUCGUUCAGGUCUUCGCAUUGGCAGGAGAUUCAGAGGUCCGAAUCGAACAGUUCACCAAUCUCCCGAUUUUGGGCAAAAACAACGCUACCAAGAGUCCCCAGUUCAUCUCGUUCUUCACUCGUGUUCUUUCGGGUCCCUUCCCCAUCGGCACAAAGGUUGCUGCGUUGAAUGUUCUCUCCUCCGUUCUAACGUCGACGUCGGGUGAAAUUGAUCCUCAAGCCUUACUGCCUUUCCUGAUUGUUGGCCUUACUGACCCGUCGGAACGCAUCCGUCGUGAAUCUGCCGGAGUUCUGGCGAUAAUUGGUUCUCUGUACAAGAACAACAAAAAGCUAGAUGGGAGCAAACCCUGGGCCUCCGAUGCUAUCUAUGGUAAGGGCAAGGGAUCAACUACCGUUCAGUGGCUACCUUCAUCCGAUGUAUACAAGGUGCUGGAACACGCGAUUCUUCCCGCGCUCGAGGAGUACAUCCUUGAUCCCAACCACAUUGGUAAGGUGAUUGACGCUACGCUCCGAGGGACCGUUCUCUCAGAGUCUUCGGGCGCCCAGGAGCUGAAGAAGUCUCUCCGGACAAGUCUAUUCACCUUCCUCUGCUCUCAUGUUGUCAACAUGCCGGUCUUCUGCCCCAAGUUGAAUCUGCUGCGCAUUCUCAACGAUGUCAAGAAGGUGUCAGGUACCAGCCGCACGAAGGAGCUUCUCCCUGUGCUCGAAUAUUGGCGCGAUCUCAGCCAGACAGAAGUUGAUGAUAUCUGCACGAAGGAGCGCCUGUCCGCCGCUGACAGUGAAGGCCAAGUUGUGGCUAUUGUUGCUUCUAGGGAAGAAGAGGCGUUUGAAAUUCUCUUGUCAAACCUCACCCCUCGCGCGAAGUCUCUCAGAACUUCGUUCGUGGUAGCCGUGUUUGACCGGAUGAAGGACAUCUGGCCUAAAGCUCCCGAAGAACGUCAAUUGACCGCGGCUCAAAAGCUCCUGGACAUUUCUCUUGGUUUGUCCACAAGCGAAACAUCCAUGGCCGACUAUUGCCGUGAUGUUCUCCGCAGCGUCGAGCUGUCGGGAGCCAUUCUUGUGAACUUUGUCAAGAAGAUUCCUGCUUCUCUGACCGAUAUUGAAUCUUUGGGACCCGCCCCUAAGCGACGACGGACAAGCCAGAAUAACAUGGUGGCCAUGACUGUCAAAGAUGAGGCGGAGCUGAGAAAGCUCAUGGACAAGAUGACUUUCAUCCUUGAAAUCAUCGAUAGCUCGAACCCCGGCUCUCACCCUGAGUUGGCAGACGGCCUCUUCCAGACACUUGCUGCCCUCCACCACUUCAAGUCCCAGAUCCAAUCCGGCAUGAGCUAUCUGCUGAGCUUGGCCUUGGGAAGUCUUCUGGCCAUUGUCAACAAGUCCAAGGGGUCUCCCAAGCCCUUGUUCGAUACCUCGGCUAUUCGCGCCGAUUUGGUCGUGGAUUGUGUGCGGACCACCGACAGCCCUCAGGUCCAGAAUGCUGCUCUUCUGCUCGUGGCUGGUCUGUCUGUUAUUGCUCCGGAGCUUGUCCUUCACAGUGUGAUGCCUAUCUUCACAUUCAUGGGAUCCAGCGUUCUUCGGAAGGACGAUGAUUAUUCAGUUGCUGUCAUCGAUCAGACCAUCGACCAGGUUGUUCCGGCUCUCAUCCAAUCCCUUCGCAACCAGAAGCGCGACAUCGUUUCGGGAACUUCCGAGCUGCUGCUCAGCUUUACUGCUGCAUUUGAGCAUAUCCCGUCCCACCGUCGCCUCCGCCUCUUCCAUGCUUUGAUUACCAAGCUCGGCACUCAAGACUUCCUGUUCGCUGUCCUGGCCAUGUUGGCCAACCGAUAUGCCACAGACAAGGAUGUUCUGACCCUAAUGACUGGCGUUGCCUCAGACACUACUCCCGUUGUGGAGCUCACCACUUACAGCAAGUAUCUGAACCUCGUCAUCGACGCCGUGAAGCCCAAGCCUGGAAUCUCCAAGGUUCUGCUUGGUAUUGGCAGUGAUGAUGGACGCGACCCCCAGAAGGUGGCCGUCGAUCUGCUUCGUGACCUCGCUCACUUGCUUAAGCAUUCCUCCCUCAAGGCCAAGUUGGAAGCUGCAUUUGAGAUUGAAAAUGAGGUCGCUGAUCAAGUCCGGGCUUGCUUCUCGCGGGUACUGGAGCAGGUUCUGGGCAUCGGCGAGUCUGUGCAGAGCAUGAAGCCUGUUAGCCAGGCCUGUGGCGAGGUUUUGGGCUCCCUGUUCGGCACACUGUCUCUCGUUGACUUCUUGGAUACCAUUGAGGUGCUGCUUCAAGGGCCCAAUGAUGAUCUCCGACGCAAGGUGCUUCGUUUGUUGGAGAACCGUCUCCGUCAAACUCCUGAGCGCGAUAGCGAGUCUCAGAUCCGCGUGCUGGACUUCCUACCUACCUUGGUUACCAUCGUUCAAUCCUCUCCAGAUUCGCUCCUCAAACAUGCUGCUGUCGCUUGCAUUGAUCGCAUCACUGAGAAGUACGGUCGCAAGGACCCCUCAAAGGUCAUCCCAGCAGCUCAGGUUGUUGCCAGUGCAUCCUGCCUUGGUCAGAAUGAUGAGCGCAUUCGCAUCAUGGGUGUCCUGUGCCUCGCCUCCAUGGCUGAGGUUCUGGGCCAAGCUAUGAUCCCUGCUCUCCCCGACGCAAUGAGCCGGUCUCUCGAGCUGCUGGAGCUGAGCUUGACCCCCAACAAGGAGAACUCGCGCCUCCACGAUGCUGUCUUCUCGCUCUUCUCCGCUCUGCUCGUCAAUCUGCCAUUCAUGAUUUCAGCUGGUCACCUCGACAAGAUCCUGCGACUUGCAUUCAAGUCCACCGAGGCGGACCUUGAAGAUAGCUCCGAUGAUAGCCGCCUGGAGACUCUUCGCCUAAUGGCCUCUCGCAAGAUGGAUCUCGCCACUACCCUUGGCGCUAUCGAUCGCAACUGGCACCAUGCCGUUGAGACUGGCCCCAUUGCCGUCAACGAAAUUCUGGAGGUCCUCGCGCUUGCUGUUGAGAAGAACCCCAAGUCGGCAGUUGUCAAGAAUGUCAACGUCCUAUCGAAGAUCCUCUUCAACGCUUUCGACCUACGCCGGGAGCAGGUCAGCCUUGGUGAGGCAACCGACUUCGACUCCUCCGAUCUUGACGAGGCUGAGAGUGCUCUGAACGAUGUCACCAUCAAAAUGAUCUACAAGCUCAAUGACAGUACCUUCCGCCCGCUCUUCAUCAAGUUCGUCGAAUGGGCCACCACCGGUGUAUCCAAGAAGGACGAGCAGGGCCAGGUCUCGCGACUCACCACUUUCUACUCCUUCCUCCAAGUGUUCUUCGGCACCCUCCAGUCUAUCGUUACUGGAUACUCCAACUACAUCUUGGAGAAUGUCGUCGAGAUCUUGGGUAUGGCUGGCCCUACCAAGGCCACCAAGGCCCUGUGGCUGGCAGCUCUGCGCACACUUCGCAACUCGUUUGAACACGACCAAGAUGAAUUCUGGCAAUCUCCUUCGCAUCUGGCCAGCAUCUCCGGACCUCUCAUUUCACAGCUCGCCCAUGCAACUACCUCCAAGACUGCUGCGCUCGUUGCUGAAGAAGUUGUUCCCGCCAUUACCGAGUUGGCUGUCGCUGCUGAUUCCACCGACAACUACAAGGAGCUCAAUAUGGCUCUGAUGAGGUACCUUCGUCCUUCGACGGCUCCCAACGCCAAGUCUGCAGGUGGCGAUAACCCCUUCACACGUCUUGCUGCCCUCAAGGCCGAACAGGCCCUUACUAAGCAACUCGGCGAGGAAUGGCUUGCUUUGCUUCCGGAGAUGUUGCCUUACAUCAGUGAAUUGAUGGAAGAUGAGGACGAGAGUGUUGAGAGGGAAGUCCGGAAAUGGGUGAAGCAGAUUGAGGGUGUGCUUGGUGAGCGACUUGAUGAUAUGUUGACUUAG